AUGGAACCAACUUUGGAUGUUGAUGGCCUGAAAGAUCCAGAGCAAUUCUUCUUGGCGUUACAAAGGCUUGAAGGUGAGUUGCACAUUAAUGCCAAAGUUGCCAGCGGUAAGGUUCCACCAGUUUCUGCAGAACUAAUCAAGACUGAGAAGUCAAAAGCCUUGAGUUCUGCAUAA